UUAGUCGUUUGUGAGUUGUCGACGAAAGCGUGUCGGUUGGUGCUCUCCACGGAGAAACUUGUUCAAUUUUCCAUACAAAACUUCUGGUUUUGCAAGAGGCACACACAGAAAUCAAAAUUAAGAAAUCAUCCCAGAGGAAUUUGAAAAAAAAAUACGAAAUCACAAGAAUUUUAUUUCUCUCUCGUGAAAUAAUAAAAAAAAACUUUUAGUUGAACAUGGUUAUCUCGGUGUGGUUGUGCUAGAAAAGGUGAGAUUGCAUAACAUGGUGUAUCGUGAGUGAAGUGUGGAGUGAAAUCGAUCUUGGUGCGAGCAAAACUCUAACUUUGCUCCAUUCUCAAUUGAAAGUGUGACCCUCUUUUUACGACGCGACGAAACUUUCAGUGUUGCUCCUGCAACAAUGUGCAUGAAAAUGAGUCUCCUCGCCGCCGUCCUCCUCAUUGGAUGUACCAUUGGGCUGUCCGAGGCGAAAGGUGCUCAUAAAGUUCACUGUUCGGAGGAAUUGAUGCGCGUUGAGAUCUCCAUGCCGUCAGCGGAACAAAUGCAGAAUCCUCAGAUCUACCUCGAUGGCAUGAAGGGCUACCCAGAUCCACGGUGUCAGCCUCAGGUUACGGAAUCCCUUGCGGAAUUUCACCUCUCCCUCACGGACAUCUACGAAUGCGGGGUCACGAGGAUUGUUAAUAAAAUCACGGGCAAGAAGGUCUUCUACCACAGGAUCAUCAUUGAAGGGAAAGGUGGGAAGGAAAUAGUCAGUGUGAAAUGCAUCACAACAGGUCCAGUGUACAAUGUUACAUCCCGGGGGCAUGGAAUUGUACGAAGGGAUACCCUUCCAGCUGGCUUUCAGGAACCAGAAGACCUCGAGAUCACAACGAUGGUGAUUGAGAGGGCACCUGAGCCAAUUUUGGGUGUUGGCGUUCGACAGGGUGAAGAAUUGGUGUCGGGAGAGCUGAAUGUGAGUCCUGGGACACCGCUAAAAAUGGAAAUCUACCUGGAUAAGGCAUCAGCGCCAGUUUAUGGACUAGGAGUUACCUACAUGCAAGUUACUGAUACGAGAACGCAAGAGGAGACGAUCAUCUUCAACGGAUGUUCUGUGGAUCCAUACCUCUUUGAGAAUUUUAUCACAGAUGAUGGAGAUUUCCUCACUGCAAAAUUCAGAGCUUUCAAAUUCCCCGAAACGACAUUUGUGCAAUUCCGCGGCACUGUUAAUGUCUGCCUCGAUAAAUGCCAAGGAAUUCCAUGCAGUAACGGACAGAUUGGCUAUGGACGACGGAAACGAGAGAUUCCACUGCAGGCUGACCCGAACAAAGUGUACGAAAUCUCAAUGGCUACAUUUAUUAAAGUUAAUUAUGAGAAGGGAGUGGAUCAAGCCACGGUUGAUGAACUGGAGACAAAGUUGAAGCAGCUGAAAAUUGCAAAUCAAAAGCUGGCACGAAAUAGCCGUGGAAGCAUACAGGAAGUGGACAAUUCCAAGCUGAACUACCGAUCAGACGGAGAGUCCGCCACAGUGGAGGAGACGACACUCAUUAAGGUUCAACAGGGUUCUGGGAAUGUGGCCACAUUGUCCAUUUUUGCCAUCCUGGUCAGUUUAGCUAGUUUCUUCCUGUAAAAAAAAAUGAAACAGGGAAAACAAAGGCAGUUAAAGAAAAAAAAAUCAAACAUUACCGUGAUACGCGCCACUAACGAUUGUUAACGAUUGACUCAAAUGAACAUUAUUGUAUUAAAUGCUCCACUAAUGCUUUUCGAAUGAUGUUUGUAAAAAAAAAAAAAGACGUUGUAGGAGAAUUUGAAUUAACCCCCCAACCUCCCCUUCUUUAAUAGGUAUUAUUAAUUAACGAAUAUAAUUGAUUAUUCAUAUGCAUUGUGAUCUCCUAAUUGAGAAUGAAAAUUUAGGACCUCAUGACUAUGAAUGUCCAGUAAUUAAUUGAAAAGCAAUUAACUAGUCUUCUAAGUGAAGGGAUGAUGAGAGAGAAAAUGAGAAAGAAAUGAAUAAAAAUUGAACAAAUUGAGAAAA